AUGAAUACAUCAGGCUCUGAAAUAGUGAAAGAUGAAGAAAAUCUUUAAAAAUAAAAAUACAGCCACAAUUCAAUAGUUUAAAAUAUAGAGAAUAGCUCUAUUGGUGAAGAACAUUUGAAGAAAAAAGAAAAAAGAAAUCGAAAAUUUUUCCUUAAGAGAUCAAUAUCAAUGGUAUAAGUUUGCAAAUAAACUGGCCAACUAGACUUGUAGUUUGGGUCUGACUUUUUGCAUAUUGAGAUUAUGCAGGGUGGUCAUUUUCCUUUGAAUUAAUAUAAUUUAAAGGAUAUUCCUUCUGAGAUUUACCAUGAUGAUCAGGAGUGCCAGUAAGCAAAUAUCAAUUAUAGUCUUAAUACAUUAUCAAAUAGUCUUUUAAAAAAGGUAAGAACAAUUUAAUCUUCAUUAAAUUGCAAAUCUUUAACUUAAAUUUAAUAAUAAUUAGUUAACGAGCCACGUUAAAAUUUUAAUAUCAAAGAAAACUAAAUUACUCACUCUAAAAACUUAUAUAAUUUUGAUAGACAUUAAAUUAAAGAAAAUAAAUUAAUCUCUCAACAAAUUAAAGAAGCCAAACAAAUUUUAUUAAAUCAACACUAGGCUUUUUUAUUAAUUCUUUAAUGA